AUGGCAAAAAAAAAGAAACAAAUACAUUUGAAUAUAAUAGAUUUACAGAAGUAUUAUCAAAAAGAUGAUUUAAUAAUUGACACAACUGAAAAAAUUGUAGAUUCUAAAAAAAAAAAAAUUUAUGAAAAAAAUGAAAUUGUUGAAAAUAGUGAUUGGAGAACCUUUGAAUCAGAUAAAAGAAUUAAUAAAGAUGAUAAUAAAAAUGAAACAAAUAAACUGAAAAAUUUAACAAAUGACAAAAAUAAUAUAAAAAAAAGUGAUAGUAUUGGUUUAGGUAGAAAUAAAAAUAAAACAAAUGCAGUAAAUAAUGAUGAUAUAGAUUUUUCAAAUUUAAGAAACAAAAGAAAUGACGAUAAUUUAGAUUUUGCAAAUUUAAGAAAUAAAAAAAGUAAUGAAGAUGUAGAUUUUGCAAAUUUAAGAAAUAAGAAAAAUGAAGAAAAUGUAGAUUUUGCAAAUUUAAGAAAUAAAAAAAGCAAUGAAGAAUUAGACUUUUCUAAUGUAAGAAAUAAGAAAAAUGAUGAUAUAGAUUUCUCAAAUGUAAGAAAUAAGAAAAAUGAUGAUAUAGAUUUCUCAAAUGUAAGAAAUAAAAAAAAUGAUGAUAUAGAUUUCUCAAAUGUAAGAAAUAAGAAAAAUGAUGAUGUAGAUUUUUCAAAUGUAAGAAAUAAGAAAAAUGAUGAUAUAGAUUUCUCAAAUGUAAGAAAUAAAAAAAAUGAUGAUAUAGAUUUCUCAAAUGUAAGAAAUAAGAAAAAUGAUGAUAUAGAUUUCUCAAAUUUAAGAAACAAGAAAAAUGAAGAAAAUGUAGAUUUUUCAAAUGUAAGGAACAAAAAAAAUGAUGAUAUAGAUUUUUCAAAUGUAAGAAAUAAGAAAAAUGAUGAUAUAGAUUUCUCAAAUGUAAGGAACAAAAAAAAUGGUGAUAUAGAUUUUUCAAAUAUAAGAAAUAAAAAGAAUGAUGAAGAUAUAGAUUUUUCAAACAUUAGAAAUAAAAGAAACGAUGAUGAUAAAGAUUUCGCAAAUAUAAGAAACAAAAAGGAUGAUGGUGAUAUAGAUUUUUCAAAUAUAAGAAAUAAAAGAAAUGAUGAUGAUAUAGAUUUCACGAAUAUAAGAAAUAAACAAAAUGAUAAAGAAGUAAUAAAAGGAGUUAAUAAUACAUUGUUUAAUAAUUCAAAAAAAAAAGAAAAUGAAAUAAAAGAAAAUAAAAAAACAAAUGAAAAACCACUUUACUUGAGAAGAUUAGAAGAAUUAAGAAAAAAAAAAAAACUUGAGCAAUAUAAAAAUAACAUGAUAUCAACUAAUGUAAUUGAAGAAUCACAAAAAAGUGAUAAAGAAUUAAAAAAGGAAAACGAUAUUAUGGACGAAAAAGAAACAAAAGAAGAGAAUAAAGAAGAAGAGACAAAAGAAACAGAUAAUAAUGAAGAGAAAAAUAUAAAAGAAAAAGAAACAAAAGAAACAGAAAAUAAAGAAGUGAAUGAAAUAAAAGAAAAAGAAAUUAAAGAAGAGAAUAAAAAAGAGAUAGAAUAUAAAAAAAUAAAAGAAACAGAAAUAAAAGUAGAAGAGACAAAAGAUACAGAUAAUAAAGAAGAAAAAGAAAUAAAAGAAAAAGAAACAAAAGAUACAGAUAAUAAAGAAGAAAAAGAAAUAAAAGAAAAAGAAACAAAAGAAGUGAAUGUAAUAAAAGAAGAAGAGACAAAAGAAAUAGAUAAUAAAGAAGAAAAAGAAAUAAAAGAAAAAGAAACAAAAGAAGUGAAUGAAAUAAAAGAAACAGAAAUAAAAAAAAGUGAGAUUGAAGAAAAAGAAAAUUGUCUGUCAAAAAAAGAGAUAUGUUUAAAUAAUGAUGGUAAAAAAGAAGAAACUGAGAAAAAAAAAUUUAUACCUAAAAGAGUUUAUAUGUAUCAGCAAGAAUUGAAAGAAAAAGAAGAAAGAAGUUUGAAAAUGCUAGAAGAACAAAAAAAAUUAAGAGAGAUGAGAUUACAACUUCUUAAAAGUAAAAAUCAAGGAAUAUCAACAUUUAUUCCAUCUGCAAAGCUAAUACAUAUGGAAUCAUUAAAAGAAGAUAAUAAAAAAGAAAUUAAAAAUGAUUUAAAAAAUGAUAAUAAAAAAAGCAUUAGUAUCUCAAAGAAAAGCAAAAAUGAUGAAUAUAAUAAUGUAAAAAAUAUCUUUUUAGAAAUAGCUGAAAAAACAGAAAAUGCAAAAAUUAUUGAGAAAAUGGAUAUUGAAGAAAUUGCAAAAAAAAAAAGAGAAGAAAUUUACAAAAAACAGUUAGAAAAAAUUAAAAAAAAAAAUGAAGAAAAUUUAAAAUAUAAUAAUAUAUAUAAACAUGAUUUAGAUGUUAUUAAAGCUUUUUAUAAUGAAAUCAAGGACAAAAUAAUAGAAAGCUAUCAAUUUAAUGAAGAAGAAAUCGUUAAUAUAUGCUCUAUAUUAAAAACAGAAAAUUGCAACUACAUUGAAAGUCAUGUCCCUUUUUAUGUGGUUAUGUCAGUUUUUAUUUUAAGUCUUCCACAAAAAGCCGAAUACGAUAUUUAUUUGAAGAAAGCAAAAAAUUUGAAAACUUUAUUUCUUUAUUUGAAACAAAAUAGCAAAAUUGAAAACCAUGAUAAUUAUAUUUUAAAUGACAUAAUAAAAUUUUGUGAUGAGUUAAAGUACCCUCACUUAUCAGAAGAAACCUCAUUAGUUGAAGCAGUUUUUGACUCGUUAUUGUUUUCCGGUGUUAUUUCAAAAAACUCAUUUAUAAAAUGGUUUGAAGAAGAUAACUCUGAAUCAGAAUUAAAAAGCAAAGCUAUGUUACAACUAAUAUACUGGCAUAAAUGGUUAAUAGAAGAUAGUGAAGAAGAGGAUGAAGAGAUAGAUGAAAUAGAAGAAAUUAAAACAAAUGAUAUAUCCGACAUAGAAAAAAAUGUACCGAAGAAUUUCGUUUUUAAAAAAAUAAAAAAGAAAUUUUUCUAA